AAACGAAUAAUGGUUUUGUAAGUAAUAUAGUCAAGAUUCCGAAGAUAGUCCCCUCAAAGUCAAUGGCGGAAGAAUCUCCACUCGUCCUCGUCCACCGGCCACCGACUAUGAAAUACAUGGACGAGCCUCUGACUCGUUACUACCGGAUUCUCACCACCCACACCUCCUCAGACCCACUCCCGCUCUUCCUCUCCCGUCACGCCUCCUCCGUCAGAGCCGUCGUCAGCAUCGGCAGGUUCACGAUCGACGCCGGCUUCCUCUCCCGCCUCCCUUCUCUCCAGCUCAUCGUCUGCACCAGCGUCGGCACCGACCACGUCGACCUCCCCGAGUGCAACCGCCGCGGCAUCGCCGUCACAAACGCCGGCGAAGCUUACUCGGAGGACGUGGCGGAUUACGCCGUCGGUUUGCUGAUUAGCUUCCUCCGCCGCAUUCCGGCGGCUGAUCGUUACGUCAGGUCGGGUGAGUGGGCGAAAUGCGGAGAGUUCCAGCUUGGAAUCAAGUUAAGUGGGAAGCGAGUUGGGAUACUUGGACUAGGGAGCAUAGGGUCCCUUAUCCCUUACCAGUACUAUCCUGACGUUGUCUCAUUAGCAGCAAACAGUGAUGUCAUCAUCCUCUGCUGCGCCCUGAACGAUCAGACGCGCCACAUUGUGAACAGAGAAGUGAUGGAGGCUCUUGGGAAGAAAGGGGUUAUAAUCAAUGUGGGACGAGGAGGGCUGAUUGAUGAGAAGGAGAUGGUUAAGUGUCUUGUCGAUGGUGUGAUUGGUGGUGCUGGUUUAGAUGUGUUUGAGAAAGAACCGGGAGUUCCUGAGGAGUUGUUUGGUCUGGACAAUGUUGUCUUGUCUCCACAUGCUGCUAUGGCCACGCCAGGGUCUUUGAACAAUAUUGCGCAGCUUACUUUGGCUAACUUGAAGGCCUUUUUCUCGAACCAGCCUUUGAUUUCUCCGGUUCGGUUAGAUUGAGAGAUCGUCCGGUUUGAUUAAAAGGGCUAAUAAGCAAUCUAUAUUUUAGUUAUAUUGAACAAUAUGAUUGAAUAAGGGGUGUAUUUGAUCA